CUAUGAUAGAACAACUUUACAAUUCAGAAAUGAUCAAGAUAAAAUUAGAUAUUUUCUUGAUACAAAAUAUAUAGAGGCAUCUAAAGCAGCUGUUGUACUUGAUCUGAAAGAUGAAGCUGCUGCUGUUCUUGCUCAAGCUGAAUAA